AAACGUGUUUUGUUUUAGAGAAUAAGGUUAAACGAGGAUGCAUUCAUUGCAAGUACUUACCAUGUCAAGGUCUAGAAACAGCAAACGAGAAAGAAUGAGUGAAAUGCAUGUGAAACUGAGGCAUCAAGGAGGUUUUGUGACAAAUGAAAGUAACCUGCUCCCGGUUCAAGCGAGGCAGUGCAAAAUCAUGAACCAAUCAAUCAGCCCAAAUAACCUCUGUAUCCAUCCAGGCAGCACCAUGGAAAGUGUCAAGUUUUAACCUUUGUCAGUAAACCCUGUUCAUCAGGGAAGAGCCACCACCACCCCCGGUAGAGAUUCCCAAUCUUGUCUUCUCUUUGCAUCUGGGAAGUGCUGCUGGUGGUAUGUGUGAUCACACUUGCUCUCUGUAAAAUGGACUUCAGUUGCCAAAUUUUUGCAGCCGUUUGCACAACCCAAGGCUGAAAGAAAUAGCCAGACUGAGCUUUGGGAUGCCUGUUGAGAAACUCCUGUUAUUAAGCCAUCCCUACUGAAGAUCCAUUCAAAGCUGUCUAUAAAUAACUUUACCUACCAAACUCCAAAUCCUCAUUCUCCACCUCAUUUUUGUUGCUAAAUCCUAGAAGCUCGUCUCCUCUUAAAUGUGCUGAAUGUUUUCAUGCUUGCUUGAAAAAUCCCUUUUGUUUUAUGCCAAGUUGUUGCUUUCUCUGGUAGACGAUGGUAAUACGUGAAGGGGAUGGUUGGUUAGGUCCACCUGCUAGAGGCAAGGUUUGUCUUCUCAUAGAGGAAACGCUGUGGGAAGAAUGUAGUUCUUUCUUUGAUCAUCACAUGAUUAUUUCUUAUGAUGGGUUGAUGGCAGGACUAGAUGAUCCUAGUGGUCUUUUCAGACCUUAAUGAUUUUAUGAUAUUUUCCUUCAAAUGUUAUCAUAUAAAUUAUAUCCUACACUUAAUAUCUCCAUCCUAAAAUUGCCCUAGGUUUGGAUUUUUCUCGGCUCAAUCAACAGGUGACCUGUGUAGUUGUGCUUUGCAGCUCUCACGUAUUGCAGUACUGGCAUUGGGUCUCUUGCAAUACCAGUGUUCCCAGUGUCAGCAGGAAUGAGGAACUGGAUAGUGGUGAUUACAUCCAGUGUCACAAAGCUUCUCAAAUGUUUACUUCAAAGAAUGGCACAUUUGCACAAAUUGUGUCACAGGCAACGUGGAAGGAGCUUUGUUUGAAAGGAAAACUUAGAAAAUGGUGCCCAGACUUCAUACAUUCAGGAUCUCUAUGUCCAGUCUUCAAGAUCUGUUCUUCACCAAGUUUCUGCUGGCUGAGGCAGUGUUUCAGAGAUGGUUUUCAAAGCUGUUUUGUCUGGUUUGGCUCUACAGGAAUGAAUCUGCAGCUUUUACAGUUUCAGAUUGUGCCCAGCUCAGCCUUGUGCUGCUCUUUAAGGCAGGAAUGUCCUCCUCCUGCCUUUCAGCUCUGGAGACUGAGAUCUUCCACUACAUUGAUGCACAUCAAAGUGACUUCAUUGAGAAUCUCAAGGAAUGGGUGGCAGUGGAAAGUGAUUCUGUGCAACCAGACCUGAGGAAAGAAGUGAUACAAAUGAUGUCAUUGGCAGCAGCCAGGCUUGCAGCUUUGGGAGCCACUGUUAAUUCAGUGAGCCUGGGGUCACAGCAGUUGCUGAAUGGCCAGCACCUUCCACUGCCACCUGUCAUUCUUGGGGAACUUGGCAAGGAUCCCCAAAACCUCACAAUCUGUUUCUACGGCCACGUGGAUGUGCAGCCUGCCAAAAAGGAAGAUGGCUGGAAAACUGAUCCUUACAUAUUGACUGAAAUCAAUGGAAAUCUCUAUGGGCGUGGAGCAACAGAUAAUAAAGGACCUGUGUUGGCUUGGAUAAAUGCAGUGGAAACAUUCAGAGCCUUGAAAAUAGCUAUGCCAGUAAACUUCAAGUUUGUUAUUGAAGGCAUGGAGGAAGCAGGAUCUUUGGGGCUGGAGAAGCUUCUUGAAGAAGAAAAACACGGCUUUUUCUCAGACGUUGAUUAUGUUGUGAUUUCGGACAACCUCUGGCUCAGCAAGAAGAAGCCUGCCCUUAUAUAUGGGACUCGGGGCAAUGCCUGCUUCUCUGUGGAGGUGGAAGGUGGUGACAAGGAUCUUCACUCUGGAACUUUUGGAGGCAUCAUUCACGAGCCGCUGACGGACCUGAUAGCUCUGCUGGACAGCCUUGUAGAUCCCACAGGUCAUAUUCAGAUCCCUGGAAUCUAUGAUGCUGUUGCUGCUCUGACAGAUGAGGAGAAGAAAUUGCAUGGAUCCAUUGAAUAUGAUGUAGAAGAACACAAAAAUAAUAGUGGAGUGAAAAAACUCCUCUACAGCACCAAGGAAGAAAUACUUCUACACCUGUGGCAUUAUCCUUCUCUCUCUAUUCAUGGGAUUGAAGGAGCUUUUCAUGAACCCGGAAUUAAAACAGUAAUUCCAGCAAAAGUCAUAGGGAAAUUCUCAAUCCGCCAAGUCCCCAACAUGGAUCUUUCAGAUGUGAAACAACAGGUGGUGGACCAUUUGGAGAAUGUAUUUGCCAAGAGGAACAGUCCAAACAAACUGAAGGUGUCCAUGCCCCUGGGUGCCAAACCCUGGGUCGCUGAUGUUAAUGAUCCACUAUAUAAAGCAGCAAAAAAGGCCAUAAGAACAGUUUUUGGAGAAGAUCCAGAUUUUAUUCGGGAUGGUUCAACAAUUCCUAUUGCCAGAACUUUUCAGACUAUAACGCAGAAAACGGUGAUAAUGAUUCCGAUUGGAGCAGCUGAUGAUGGGGAACACUCCCAGAAUGAGAAAAUAAGCAGACGCAACUACAUUGAAGGAAUAAAAGUGUUUGCAGCCUUUUUCCUGGAGAUAUCAAAGCUACGUGGGCAGUUGCAUGAAACUUCCAAACCAAGGACCAACAAAUGAUAGACCUUCAUGACCAAAUUAUUUAAGCACAUUAUAUUUCUUGCACUUCAUAUCCUCCUUAUGUGGAAAAACACAAAAUUUACAUGUUCGAUGGGACUGAACAUGAGGAAAAAUAAAUACUACUCUAUUUUUUUGGCAUAUCACUAAAUAACAUGCAUUUGUUAUUCAGUCAAUAUAAUGAACUUAAACCCUGAUGCUAUGAAACAGUUUCACAAAACACACUCUACUGUGUAGGAAUGAAUUAUAUUUCAAAAUUCAGAGCAAAGGGAAUGUUGACACUUAUUUUAUUCAAUCUACUUCAUUUCUCUUUUAUAGUAUGCUGGUGUUUAUGCCACAUACUUUGUAUUUCAGUUUCUGAAUUCAUGCAAUUCACACUGCUUGUUUCCUCCUAUUUAUAUACGGAACCUCACUAUGGACCUUUACGAAUAGACUGUUAUGCUAACCUUGACCAUAUCCUUUGCAGAAGGCUUUAAAUAGGAAGAGCAAUAUGGUUAGUCUGGUGAAUUUGAUUCAAAGACUUGCCUGUGAACAUUUAUUUCUGAGAAUAACUGUUGAGGUCAACAGAGCUGUUACAGUGAAUAAAUAUAUAAAUCCUGUUUU